CCUCUGCUUCUGCCGGCGCUUCCUCUCCGCCUUGGCCUUCGCUCUCCCGCAGCCGCCGUCGUGCUUGUCGACCUCCCGCUGAUGGAGGCGAUGGAUUCGGUAGCCGUGAUGGAGGUCGCGGCGGUGCCGGACCCGGUCUUCGUCGGCGCCGCGCCCCUGACCCCUCCGCCAGAGGCGUCCGUGCUGCGCCGCAGCGCGCGGUGCCUCAACAGGCAGCGCGCCCCCAUCUACGCGGAGAAGGAGGAGCCCAAGCAGCCCACCGGCCGCCGGGGCCGCCCGAAGAAGAAGAGGGACGCCGAGAACCACGACCCCGCGGCGGAGGCGCAGGUCCCAGCGAAGGUGGCCAGGAAGGCCCCCAAGGCUGAGCCCAAGGAGAAGAAGCCGAUGCCCGUGGUUGAACCGAUAUCUGCGGCUGAUUUCGCUGGGGCUGCCGCGGAGGACGAUGCGUUGGGCAAGGGGAAGAGUGCCAAGCUGCGGGUCAAGGAGACCCUGCGGGCCUUCAACAGCCACUACCUGCAUCUUGUCCAGGAAGAGCAGAAGAGAGCUCAGGCUGUGAUACAGGAGAUUGAAGCUAGCAAAAAUAAGAAGGCUGGCAAGAAAGGUGGUGAAGAUGAAAUCAAAGAGAAGCGCCCAUCAAAGCGACCUGACCUGAAAGCAAUUACAAGGAUGCAAGAAAACAACUCUGUUCUUUACACGGAGAAGGUGAUUGGACAGAUUCCAGGGAUCGAUGUUGGGGAUCAGUUCUAUUCUCGCGCGGAGAUGGUUGUCUUGGGCGUUCACAGCCACUGGCUGAAUGGCAUUGAUUAUAUGGGGAUGAAAUACAAAGAAAUGAAGGGGUAUGCAAACUUCAGUUUCCCUCUGGCAACUUGCAUUGUCAUGUCAGGGAUAUACGAGGAUGAUUUGGACAAGGCCGAUGAGAUCAUCUAUACCGGACAAGGUGGAAACGAUUUACUUGGCAACCAUCGCCAGAUUGGUUCUCAAAAAUUGGCUCGUGGGAAUUUGGCACUGAAGAAUAGCAAGGAUAAUGGCAAUCCAAUACGAGUUAUUCGAGGUCAUGUGGCAAAGAAUAGCUACACUGGAAAAGUCUACACCUACGAUGGCCUAUACAAGGUUGUAGAAGACUGGGUGCAGAAUGGAGUACAGGGGCACGUUGUAUUCAAAUAUAAAUUGAAGAGGCUUGAGGGCCAGCCAUCUUUGACUACAUCUGAGGUGCGAUUCACCCGAGCAGAAGCUCCCAGAAAUAUUUCUGAAUUACCUGGGUUGGUUUGUGAUGACAUCUCUGGAGGGCAGGAAAACAUUCCAAUUCCUGCUACUAAUUUGGUUGAUGAUCCACCUGUUCCUCCACCUGGUUUUGCGUACAUCAAAUCUCUAAAAAUUUCGAAGGGCAUCAAGAUUCCAUCAGAUUGCACUGGCUGUGAUUGUGAAGGAGAUUGUGCCAGCAACAAAAAUUGCUCAUGUGCUAAACUCAACGGUUCAGAUCUACCUUAUGUGUCAUUCAAGGAUGUUGGCAGGUUGGUGGAGCCAAAAGCAGUUGUAUUUGAGUGUGGUCCGAACUGCAGCUGCAACCGUAACUGUGUAAAUAGAACAUCUCAACAAGGUCUGCAGCAUCGUCUAGAGGUAUUUAAGACAGCUUCCAAAGGAUGGGGAGUUCGGACAUGGGACACGAUCCUCCCUGGAGCCCCUAUUUGUGAAUAUGUUGGCGUGCUCAGGAAGACCGAAGAUGUUGAAAGCUUGCUACAUAAUAACUACAUAUUUGACAUCGACUGUCUUCAAACUAUGAAAGGUUUAGAUGGACGAGAGAAAAGGGCUGGGUCUGACAUGCAACUGCCCUCUCUCCAUGCUGAGAACGAUACCGAGGCACCACCUGCACCAGAAUACUGCAUUGAUGCUGGCUCUAUUGGAAAUGUUGCAAGGUUCAUAAAUCACAGCUGCAACCCUAACCUAUUUGUCCAGUGUGUCUUAAUCUCUCACAAAGAUGUUAAGCUGGCAAAGGUGAUGCUUUUUGCUGCCGACACUAUACUUCCACUUCAGGAGCUCUGCUACGACUAUGGCUAUGUCCUGAACAGCGUUGUUUCUGCAACUGGAGAUAUCAUUGAGCUGCCAUGCUACUGCGGUGCCCCAGAUUGCAGGAAGAGGCUCUACUAGCGGAGCUCCUUUAUGGGUUUGGAGGAAACAUAAUUAUAAGUAGUAUUAGGGGUAUGAAUGCUGCAAUGCUUGAUGUGUAUAAGACAAUCUAGACAUCCUAUGAUUAUUGGCAAAUGAAGAGCAUUCUCAUUUUGGGUAGUGCAGAUGACAUGCUGGAACAUCAUAGCAUGAUAUUUUGUGAACAUGAUCCAUCCAUAUAAAAGAUGGAAGAUAUAACCAAGACUUAGAUAGGUUUCAUGCUGGGCAUGAUAUUUUGUGAACAAUUGAUCUAUAUAAGUUAUGGAAGAUUUAACCAUGGGAAUUGUUUA